UUGGAAGGAAAAUGUCCUUAUCCAGAAAAGAAAAAGAGAUGUACCAAAAUAUAUGAAAGUUUCCCUCUAAACAAACGGAGCCUCAAAUAAAAAUAAAAAUCUAAAAAGAAACAGAAAAUUUUCGCUCCGUCAGAAGGACACAAACCCGACCCGAUUCACCACCAAUCACCAGUUUCAGUUUAACUACGCUCUUUGGGAUUUCCGUUGGUUCGUCCACUCCUUGGACUUUGUCUUUCCCCUUCCUUGAAUUUCAGUUUUUCUUCCUCUCUUUUCUCUCCAUCCAAACAAUGGAGAGCUUAGCCCUCCACUCCUUCUCAACCGCCACAACCACUCCUUUCUCACUUUCCUCCCGGACUUCCCUCCACCUCCGCUCCAAACCCAUCUCCAAAUCAUCCCAACCAUCCAUUUUCACCUCCUCUCCAUUCCCCACCCUCCGAUCUCCUCUCAAGUCCGUCUUGUUUUCCCCACUUCCCAAACAACCCAAGCUCCUCCUUUCCCCUAUCCGUGCCUCUUCUCAAAACGACAGCACCCCAUCCUCAGCCCCUCCUCAAGGAGCCAAACUCCUUCCUUUCUUUAUCUCAAUUUCCAUAGGCGUCAUUGUUCGUUUCCUGGUCCCCAAACCCGUCGAAGUAACCCCACAAGCCUGGCAACUUCUCGCCAUCUUUUUAUCGACAAUCGCCGGUCUCGUCUUAAGCCCCUUGCCGGUCGGGGCAUGGGCCUUUUUAGGCCUCACAACUUCCAUCCUAACCAGAACGCUGCCGUUUACGACCGCCUUCGCUGCCUUUACCAACGAAGUCAUUUGGUUGAUUGUCAUAUCUUUCUUCUUCGCUCGUGGGUUCGUUAAAACGGGGCUUGGGGAUAGGAUAGCUACUUAUUUCGUCAAAUGGUUGGGAAAAAGCACGUUGGGAUUGUCUUAUGGGCUGACUUUAAGUGAGGCCUUGAUUGCGCCGGCGAUGCCUAGUACUACUGCGAGAGCUGGUGGGGUUUUCUUACCCAUUAUCAAGUCCUUGUCUCUGUCUGCUGGGAGUCGGCCCGGGGAUUCAUCAUCUCGGAAGCUUGGGAGUUAUCUAAUUCAAACGCAGUUUCAGUCUACAGGCAACUCUAGUGCACUUUUCCUGACUGCUGCGGCUCAAAAUUUGCUAUGCCUCAAAUUAGCAGAAGAGCUUGGAAUUAUUAUUUCAAGCCCUUGGGUCUCGUGGUUCAAGGCUGCUAGUUUACCAGCACUUGUCUCUCUACUGCUUACUCCGCUUAUUUUAUACAAGCUUUAUCCUCCUGAAACCAAAGAUACGCCAGAUGCCCCUGCAAUAGCAGCAAAGAAGUUAGAGCACAUGGGUCCUGUCUCAAGAAAUGAAUGGAUCAUGGUUGGAACAAUGCUUUUUGCAGUUACUCUAUGGGUCUGUGGAGAGAGUCUCGGUAUACCCAGUGUUGUGGCUGCGAUGAUUGGUUUAUCAAUACUCCUUUUGUUAGGAGUGCUUGACUGGGAUGACUGCUUAAGUGAAAAAUCAGCUUGGGAUACAUUGGCUUGGUUUGCUGUUUUGGUAGGCAUGGCAGGCCAACUGACAAACCUUGGGAUAGUGAGCUGGAUGUCUGGUUGUGUAGCUAAGAUCCUUCAAUCUCUUUCUUUGAGCUGGCCAGCUGCAUUUGGUGUUCUUCAGGCAUCCUACUUUUUCAUCCACUACCUAUUUGCAAGUCAAACUGGUCAUGUAGGAGCAUUAUACUCUGCUUUUCUUGCUAUGCACUUGGUGGCUGGAGUGCCUGGCGUAUUAGCAGCGCUGGCUCUUGCUUACAACACCAAUCUUUUUGGUGCCCUAACACAUUAUAGCAGUGGUCAGGCUGCUGUCUAUUAUGGAGCUGGAUACGUAGACCUACCUGACGUAUUCAAAAUGGGAUUUGUAAUGGCCUUUAUUAAUGCCAUCAUCUGGGGUGUUGUUGGAGCUGUCUGGUGGAAAUUUUUGGGCCUCUACUGAUUCAAUUACCCUGUGAGUGUCAUUCGUCCUUGUUGUAAGUCGUCAGAUUUUGGGGAACAAUUGAGCUCAAUUUACUUAAAAGAAAAUUUUUAUAGUUAUAGCUUUGGCUAUUUUUUGUUUUCUCUUUUUAUUAUUUUAAAUGUGAAUGAACAUUUCGCCAGGUUUACAUUGCCGAUUCAAAUAUGAUUUUUUUUUUUUUUUAAGAUGCACUCUUUUUUCUUGUCAAUCCAUCACUUCUGUCCUUCCAUAUCUUGUGUGAAACUCUUAAUAGUUCCCUGCUUUGCUAUAAAACCUGGCGAGAUUUACUGGCUUAGGCAAACUCCAAAGUUGACAGAGUGAAGAAAUUGCUGGUCUAUUGCCACAUUGGAACUGGUAAAUAUGAAGAUAAGCACGCAUCCCAGAAGUCGACUAGUGCAUUUUUGCCAAACCACCAGCUUUAAAUUGCUCAAAACUAUUCUCUUAACUUGAAGAUACUUUUUUUAUGAAAGAAACUCAAGGAGUGAUGCCUCCACAAUCAAGUUAUCCCACCUUUAGCCAUUAAGGUUACGGCUUACUAACCUUGCUCUGCUGGAAAGCUCCCUGUUUCUAUCCUUUAAAGUAGCUUGUUUCAUCUACAGCAUUGGAAGUCAGAUCCCUUCCUUCAUAUUAGUGAUAGAAACAACGAUUGAGCCAUUGCUGUAGGUUUUAUUUCUAACCAUCAUUCUAUAAUCUGUAUCGAGCAAUUUAGGCCACAAGGAAAUACAAGACUACAUACAUAGAUUCACAUUUCAUAUCCACUUGAAAUUCAUGAAUAUAGAAAGGUCAAAUUGGGCAAUCAAGAGCAUGAACAAAAACCCACAUCCAUUUCCGUCCUUAAUUCAGGUAACUUUUUAGUAAGGAGCAUAAAGAUAAAUACUUUGCGUAAUGUGUUUGAGUUAGAUGAGACUGCAUGAGCCAAAAUGGCGGUUUGGUCAAAGAAUCUCAAAUGGUCAGUUGGGUUGGCGAAGACGAGGCGGGUUACAGGAGCAUCAGCAUCCAUCAGCUCGGCAUAACUGCACAGAAAAAUAGAAAGAAAGAGGGGAUGAAAAUGAGAAAAGAUAUUUAAAAGCUGAGAGAGAGAGAGAGAGAGGAUAGUGAAGUUUAGUGUCAGGAGAGAAAAUGAUUGAACGGAGCUGAUCGGAGUGGCAACGUAUCAGAUAUUCCACCGCCGAAAGCAGCCAGCCGAAAGGGUACCUCUUUCUUUUGCGAAUCCAUGGCUCUCUUCCAAUUAUAAUUGCAGAUGUAAGAGCGGAAAAACGGCUAUAAAUACAUUGGAGAAGGCCAGUUUGAGAUAGCAGAGGAAAUACACAGCCCAGCAUAGCCUCUAACUUGAAAAAAAUAAAUAAAACAAGAGAAAUUUGAGAGUGGCUUUCAUUUAAUGCUAGAGACAACCCCCAUAAUAUUAGAUUCAACGAAUAAUCUGCAGUUGAAAAGGAAGCAAUCAUUCAAAGUCCAUGAUCAACCUUGUAAUAUUUACUAUUACAAGUGCAGUAUCCUUUGGAUCGAUCCGGUGUUUUGACUAUUCAGCUUUGCCUCAGAAACAAUCAUCUUUUAGACUAGGUGUGAAACGAAGAUGUCUUCAGCUUCUGUCCCGGAAAAUGUGUGGUAAGAU